AUGACUAAGAAGAAAGAAGAUAUCAAUCUUUCCUCCUUAUCCACCUCAUCCGGCCAGAAUUACUUCCGAACAGCUCCAUCUGUCGAUGAAUCCCCUUCUGCUUCCCUUUGUGGCCUAUCCCAGACAGCUAUGGAAGCUGCUAGCUACCUUCCAUUCUUUAUUAGCCUAAGGAGAGCAAAGGGCACUUCCACUAGCUCACAGCAAAAAGUAUGGAAAGAAGAAGCAAUUUCAGGGGCUGGCAGAGAGCUCGCAUGGACCAAGAUCGAAAGCUACUCGAACUUCUCCAGGAGUAACUCAAUGCCCAGAGAAGUCAUUACGAAGGGAAGGGCUGCUAGGCAGGUUACGGCAUUCCUGAAAUCUGUUUGGAAGCAUAGGAAGAAGGAUUCGGACCAAGAGAUCCAGUCUAUCCCGAAAUAA